AAUUUUAGAAAAUAAAAAAUUCAAAAUAGACAAGUAACAUUCCAAGAACACAAUGAGUGAGUGAUAUAACAAUUCAAGAAAUAGGCGAGACGGGUAAGGGUGAGAGAUGGGAGAGGAAAAGGUGAAGAAUGAAGCAAUUGAGAUAAUGGGUCUGUUUCAAGUGCUUCCUCGUCUAGUCGUCUUCGAUCUUGAUUACACCCUUUGGCCCUUUUAUUGUGAAUGCCGCUCCAAAAAUGAAAUGCCAUCUAUGUAUCCUCAGGCCAAAGGUAUCUUACAUGCCUUCAAGGACAAGGGAGUCGAUGUUGCUAUUGCCUCAAGAUCACCCACUCCAGAUAUUGCCAACGCUUUCCUUAAGAAACUCGGGAUAAAAUCAAUGUUUGUAGCCCAGGAGAUAUUCUCCAGUUGGACACAUAAGACGGAACACUUUCAGAAAAUCAAUCGAAAGACAACGGUGCCUUACAAUGAGAUGCUGUUUUUUGAUGAUGAAAAUCGGAAUAUACAAGCGGUUUCAAAAAUGGGUGUCACAAGCAUAUUGGUGGGCAAAGGGGUAGACUUAGGGGCUUUGAGGCAAGGACUCUCUGAAUUUGUUCAGAAAACUGCUUCAGUGGAAAAGAACAAAGAACGAUGGCGCAAAUUCUCAAAAGAAUCGGGUUCAUCCAAAAGUGACACACAAUGACGAUUUAGCAGUCGCCACUCGCCAGCAUAAAAAGAAAGGGGAGUCUCGUUUUUGCUGAAGAGCGUUUGUAAGCUGGAGGAAUAGAUUCAAAGAGCAACGCCAUGAUGUGAUUUUUAGUCGUGGAGAUAUUACCGCCAUGGCCGUCACCAUGCUGGUACAUGCAUUGUGCCAUUCUUGCUAGGUUCAUAGCACACGUAACAUAUAUCGUAGGGAAGGGCUGUCAUGAGCUUCGUUCAUUUUCUUCCAUGUCUGGCUAAUCAAAGCCCUACUAUGUUGUCGAGCCUCUUCUUCUGAAGCUUUAUUUUCGUUCAUGUAACAUUGUAUUGAUUUAGGUACAUCACCCCUUUUCAACUAGUCCUGCAUUAAACAAUGGAAAGACUAGUGUUGGUAAAUAAAAAUAAGGCAGAUAACCUUCUAUGACA